CGGCGUUCGACAUCUGUUCCCUCAAGCUUCUAGCCUCGUAGAUGCCAAAUUAGCAGCUCUCCCCGGCAAUACGCACCUAUCGCGUUGCCUGAACGGGCCGGCUGGUCAACUACGGUUUGCGACGAGUCAUUUGCUCAUGAGAGAGUGGGGAAGACGAUCUGCUCCGAUCCGUCUUUGAAAACUGAUGCGGAACUUGUGGCUACUUGUCAUACAUUAAUAUAUAGCCGUGUGGGAGGAAGGACACCCCAGCCAUUCCCGUUGUUCAACCCCCGUCGUACUUCAAUCCGUUCCACUGUGAAGAUGGGUACUGCAACAGCGCAAUCCGGACUUAGCAGCUCGGUCAUGCACCGCGACCUGCACGCGGCCCCGAAACGCGCCGUGGGUGCUGAAGGCAACUAUGUCAUUCUCGAAGAUGGACAGAGACUCCUGGACUCGACUGGUGGUGCCGCUGUCAGCUGCCUCGGCCACGCGAACGAGCAGGUAAAAGAGGCCAUCAAGAAGCAAAUGGACCAGCUUUCGUACUGCCAUACAAUGUUUUUUGCCACGGACGUCUUUGAGGAGCUUGCAGCGUUCUUGAAGGAGUCUACUGGCGGAAAAAUGUCCAGAUUAUUUGUUGUCAGCUCUGGCUCCGAAGCCAUGGAAGCUGCCAUGAAAUUGUCUCGUCAAUACUUCCUCGAACUUCCCACUCCAGAGCCGAAGCGCACAAGAUUCAUUGCCCGGCAGCACUCUUUUCACGGCGUCACACUGGGUUCUUUGUCUAUGGGUGGUCAUGUUUUCCGCCGCGAGCUGUUCGAACCGCUUCUACUCCCAAACAUUUCCCACGUUUCACCCUGCAAUGCAUAUAGGGGCAAGAGAGAUGGCGAAUCAGAUGCAGAUUAUGUAGGAAGACUUGCUGCCGAGUUGGACGCCGAGUUCCAGCGAGUUGGCCCCGAAACUGUGUGUGCGUUUGUUGCGGAGCCUGUCGUCGGUGCUGCACUCGGCUGCGUGCCUUCUGUGCCAGGCUAUUUCGCAGCGAUGAAAGCGGUAUGCGACAGGUAUGGUGCCCUCCUGAUCAUGGACGAAGUGAUGUCAGGAAUGGGUCGCUCUGGAACGCUGCAUGCCUGGGAACAAGAAGGCGUUGCGCCUGACAUUCAGACCAUAGGAAAAGGCCUUGGGGGAGGUUAUGCUCCCGUCUCAGGUGUGCUGAUUGGCAAUAAAGUAGUUGAAGUUAUGGAUAAGGGAACCGGAGCAUUCCGCCAUGGUCAGACAUAUCAGGGCCACCCCAUUGGUUGUGCAGCAGCAUUGGCCGUCCAGAAGGUCAUCAAAGAGCAGAAUCUACUUCAAAACGUGAGAGAAAUGGGUGCGCUGCUCGAGUCGAAGUUAAGAGAGUAUAUCGGCGAUCAUCCAAAUGUGGGCAAUAUCAGAGGCAAGGGUCUAUUCUGGGGUAUCGAAUUCGUGAAGGACAAGGCAACAAAAGAGCCUUUUGACCCUAAGCUUGCUGUCGGUGCGCGGGUUCAGAAUACGGCUCUAACACCUAAGUAUAGUUUCUCCAUCUACGCUGGUGGCGGGACCAUGGAUGGAAAACGCGGCGAUCACGUCCUUCUUGCCCCCGCUUAUAAUAUUACAGCAAAUGAGGUGGACAUGAUUGCACGCUUAACCGCCGCCGUCAUCGUUGAGGUGUUCAAUGAGGUCAGCGCCUCUACGUAAUGAAACUCUCCCUCAAGAUGUUCAUUUGAAGCUUCUGUCUGGAUACACACACAAGACUUGGCCGUGAAUAUCCUGAAGGAAUACAAAACGAUGAGCAGCAUUACUGGCUCAAAUAAUCAUCAAGCAGUGCUCUUUAAGAUCAGUGAGAUCAAUGUGUAGCAGAGGUCAACUCAAGCCUAACCCUCAGACUCGACUUUUAUGAUUCCACCAAACACAUCCACACCAAGCCGCCCCUUUCGCAUGGAAGCCUUCACCGGGUUUGAUGAGUUGAAUAUUAGAUCAAGCUCUUCGAGCUAUAAUCGUAAAAUCCACCAUUAGUUCCUAGGACAAAUGGCAAAGAACAAAGUGAAAUAUAUAGAGACUUACCGUGCAAUUCUUUGUUUCUGGAAUGAAGUAGUAUAUAACGACGGCUUGAACAGCACACCAUACACAGAAAAUUAUGUAUGUAUGCCAGCCAAUUUUGUCCAUAGCGACGGGCCAGGCAAAUUGGUUGAGUAGCAAGGCUGGAGAGAUCGGAAAUCAGUCCAAAGGGCCUAGAAAGAGAGGGGAUAAGACCAGAUACCUACCAGCAUUCAACGCCAGAUUCUGAAACGCCAGGCCCUUUGCACGCAUUUCGAAUGAAAGCACUUCGACUGGAUAUAAGGCUUGCAACGGUGUGAAGCCAAUCGAAAACACUGCGCCAAAAACGAAGAUAAAAGCCAACGUUGCCGUUCCUGCCGCAGGAGAUGUCCCUGGAAAAUCUUUUGUGC